UUUGCAAACACCCAGGCAUUUGUCGUAAAGCACUUGUAUUCCACUAUAAACCUGAUUGGCUUUCUUAGGCAGUGCUUAUCAAAGCGAGAAGCUUUUUUUUUCUUUCAAAUUAUACUCGCGGUCCGAUCGUAUUUUGCGUCAACGCGACAAGCGACUUCGCUCGUUGAAGUCUGUUAGCAGUAAUGUUUUAUUAUAUACUCCAACAAUUUAAAAAUAUCAAGAAUUCAAUCUUCCUUGCAAUGGAUAUAAUAAAAAAGCAUUAAUUGAAUUUCGCUUCAAUUCCAAGUGUAAGUGUGCGUAAACACUUCAUAAAGUCUCUCCCAUUCGAUAAGCCGUGAUGUAUUUUUACGUGCUAUAAAUUUUGAAUACCUGCAAUUGUACCUGAAGACAGAGUUUAAUUUUUUGUGCUACCUUUCUGGAUUGGAUCGUUAAGUGUUUGAUUGAAUUCGGGACCACAAGAACGAUUUCUCUGUGAAUUAAAUAAUUAUUAUCAUUGUUAUUAUGGAAGUAUUGCGACUUGCUAGCAUAAUGGUGCUGGUCAUCGUUCUUUUGCAACUUUUAACCAUAGAGGAUACAAUUGCCUUUAAAGACCUUAUGACCGAUCCAGAUACAUUUUCCAACCUUGAGACCAACGAAGAGGAGCCCCGGAGUGGGGGGAGGCGUCCUGUGGACAGCAAAGACAGUUGGCUCCAGUUCAUAAGGAGGGGGUCAAAAAGACCCACCAAACCCACCCCUAAAAGGCGAAAAAACAAGCGUCUUCAGAGACUGGGGUGCAAAGCUGGUCCAGCGGGACCCCAAGGCCCACCGGGACCCCCAGGUCCAAAAGGGGCAAAGGUCACGGUACAGGAGCUCAUGACCGAGUUUUUGGAUAUCGUGAAAGAGGCUGCAGAAAAACAAGCAGAGAAAAUGGUCAUUGAGAGAUGUGGGAUGUGCGCUUCGGCCAUGAACAGUAGCGGAGCGGAAGUACCCUUCUUUGCCGCUGACGUCAUGGCCCUACCGAGGAUAACAUCUGGAUUUCAUCUUCGUUUAAAAAAGAAUGUCCUUGUGGAUAGCAAAACAUUCAUAGAACUCCAUUCUUUUCAUCAACCCUUCGCCGCCGGAUCAUUCCAGAGAGGGAACGCUUUUAACAUCCGAAAUGGUCGUUUUACGGCUCCCAAAACAGGGAUAUACCAGUUCUCUGCCAAUCUACAUAUUCGCUUGAAGCGGAAAGGCCGGAGAUUCAAACUCAAGAAGAAAGACUCCAUAAAAUCCCAGAUUUGCAUAAAUUCGUUAUGUAAUAAAUAUGUAUCCUUGAGCCAUGUCAUUGGUGUAGAAAGCAAUAGUAAAACAUUCACCGUCAGUUUUUCUGGAUUUGUGGAAUUAGAGCAAUCACAGUACGUUUCAGUGUACAUAGACAACUCAUCAAAAAUGGACAUUGUUGUGCUUAAAAAUUCGGAGUUUACGGGAAUCAUGAUGGGCACGUGAGCUGCGCAGUGUUGUUGCGCAUCUCGCUAGUUUCAGUCACGCCUCUAAUGACGUAACGCCACAUCACGUGACGGGUUCGCGUUGGGUUGUAGACGUUUCCAAGAAGUCUGUUGACUUAUUCCGGGAAAUGAAAGUUCCGGACUGAGAUUGUUGAUAAUUCGGCGUUGUUCUUCUUCUCUUUUAAUUUAUUGUAUAGAUAUUGUUUUAUUUCAUGAAUAUAUGUUUUUUGCUCAUUAUGAUAUUUUAAAUCUCAAUUUUACUCUUAUUGUAAUUCAUUUGUUAUCAGUUUUUGUUUAUUUAAAAAAUAAUAAAACGAACCACGUAAA